GCCUGAAUGCAUAGUGAAGUUAAGAGAUAAAUCACUGCUCACACCUGUAGCUGCUUGACUAAUAAUGGACUUAACUCAAGUUUAGCUGGUAAUGAUAUUGCAUGCUGAAUAACAGGUACAAUGAACGGACAGGUUUAUCUGAUGUUUGGUCCAGUUUUAUUAACCCUCCUGGUGAUGACUGUCCCAGUUGUUCAGAGCGGGAAUGUUCUUGUCUUUCCUGUAGAGGGCAGUCACUGGGUCAACAUGAAAAUCUUGAUUGAGGGUCUUCACUCCAAAGGUCACAAUAUUACAGUCAUCCGGAUGUCAGACAGCUGGUACGUCAAAGAAUCUUCACCUCAUUACACAUCCAUCACUCUGAAGACUGCAGGAGGAUUUGAUGAAGAAUUCUUCAAGGUGUUUGCAUCAAAUCUGCUAAACAUUUUAAGGGACGGCUCCACUUGGGCUCGCCUGAAACUGGAGAUAGAAAUGUGGCAAACUAUUUCAGAGAGGACUGCAGUAGUAAUUGAUCUAAUAGUCAAGAUGUUAGAAGACCAGCAGCUAAUACAGUCCCUAAAAGAGAGCAAAUAUGAUUUGAUUCUUACAGAUCCAGCCAUGUUUGGAGGUGUAAUAUUGGGUCAUUAUCUUAAACUGCCUAUGGUCUACAAUGUCCGGUGGACUUUGUUCAGUGAGGCGCAUUUUGCAAUAGCCCCUUCACCACUUUCUUAUGUACCUUUGCCAAUGAUUGAGUUACCAGACCGCAUGAGUUUCUUUGAAAGAGUGAAGAAUAUUUUGAUGUAUACCAUAACUCAAACACAGCUUGCUCUCAUGAUCGCUCCACAAUAUAAUGCACUAUGUGAACGCUUCAUUGGCCCAGGAACAUCUUACUUAUCCUUAACUCAGGGUGCUGAUCUGUGGCUCCACAGGGUUGAUUUUAUUUUUGAAUAUCCACGGCCCACUAUGCCAAACAUCGUCUACAUGGGUGGCUUUCAGUGCAAGCCGUCAAAGCCUCUUCCGCAAGAUCUCGAGGACUUUGUGCAGAGCUCUGGUGAUCAUGGUGUCAUCAUCAUGUCUCUGGGCACUCUCAUUGGUCAACUUCCUGAUGAUGUGGCAGAGGCCAUUGCUGAAGCUUUUGCUGAACUUCCACAGAAGAUCAUCUGGAGGUACAAAGGAAAGAGACCAUCUGCACUGGGAAACAACACCUUAAUAACAGAUUGGAUGCCUCAGAAUGAUCUUCUGGGUCAUCCUAAAACCAGAGCCUUUGUGGCUCAUGGGGGAACCAAUGGAGUCCAAGAAGCCAUCUACCAUGGGGUACCAAUCAUUGGAUUUGGACUCAUCUUUGACCAGCCUGAUAAUCUUUCAAAGAUGAGAGUGAAGGGUGUAGCCAAGACCGUAGACUUUGCCACAGUGGAUAAGGACUCCUUCCUAAAAACUGUCAAGGAGGUUCUUUAUAAUCCCAGUUAUCGGGAGAACAUGCAGAGGCUCUCAAGACUUCACAGAGACGUUCCAGUGAAGCCUCUGGACAGCGCCAUCUUCUGGAUUGAGUUUGUCAUGAGGCACAAAGGUGCCGCUCAUUUACGCACAGAGUCGUACAAAAUGCCCUGGUACUCGUAUCACUCUGUUGACGUCAUGUUGUUCCUGCUGUCUGCUGUGUCACUCAUAAUGCUGACAACAUAUGUGCUCAUCAGAUAUUUAUGCUGCAGAAUAUGUAGGAGAAAAAACAAACUGGAAUGAUUUUUUUAAAUUGUUAAAUUUGCAAUUUCUGUGCUUUACUACAGAUAUAUCAUAUAGGACACUUUCUUUGCCUUUGUCCUUGAUAAAUAUGGAAUGUUUUACUGUU